AUGUCAAAUGAUGAUGCACCUAUGGGGAAGUGUAUCAGAAUUGAUGAAGGAAGUCAGACAGCACCCCUAGUGGAUGAGCACACAUGGAGAAUUUUGGACAAGUUUCUUAUGACCAAUAUGACAUAUCCUCAGAUGGAGGAAGCCUUUCUAGUGUAUCUUAGCAAUUGA